UGAGCAACAGUCCGCGAGACAGGCAGGAACCCACGUGCUCACAGGAAGCAACAGACCUGUUGUAGCAGUUAGCUUUCUGUGUUCACAAAUACAACAUUUAUCUAUUUUGACGGUUUUUAGGAGGUCUUAGGUCUGUGGACACUAACUAAAGAUGUCUUCAUUUAGAAAAGCGCUGAAGUCCCGACAGAGGAACCACCAUGAAAGAUCUCAGCCUGGUUUUAGGAAAACUAUGGGUUUGUUGGAGAAGAAGAAAGACUACAAACUACGAGCAGAAGAUUACCACAAGAAACAAAACACUCUCGCUGCUCUGCGAAAGAAAGCUCUCGAGAAAAACCCAGAUGAGUUUUACUUCAAAAUGAUCAGCUCCAAACUGGAGGACGGAGUUCAUGUGAUGAAAAAAACUGAGGUGGAGGUGACAGAGGAGCAGAAGAAAGUAAUGAGGACGCAGGACAUGAGAUAUGUGGAGAUGAAACGGGUUGCAGAGGCAAAGAAAAUAGAGAGACUGAAAGGAGAGCUUCAUCUUCUGGAUGCAGAAAACAAAGAGAAGAACAAACACACUUUUUUUGUUGAUUCCAAAAAGAAAGUGGGAACAUUUAAUCUGGCCAGCCACCUCUGUACUCAUCCAGCACUGGUGGAUCGAGUGUACAACAGACCAACUCUGCAAACAUUGGAGACCAAAAGCAUCAAAGGAGCUGUGAAACCAAAUAUUAUUAACAAACUGGCCAAGCAGAGGAAGCAUCAGUAUAAAAUCCUCUCUCAGAGGAUUGACAGAGAGAAGAAAAUGUUUGUCAUCAGCCAGAAAAUCCAGUCCCGUAAAGACCUACAGGAUAAAAACAAGAAAGUGAAAGUGAAAAAGGAGACACCUGACAGGGCAGCCAUUUACAAGUUUGAGUCCAAGAGGAAACGCUAAGAAAGGACAACUGAGGACCAAGUUAGUUUUUGGAUAGGAUGCCUACAAAGUACUGAACUCACUCUUGAUCCCAGGAGAUCCAGAAGAGAGAGAAUCUUUUUCACCAAACUGUUGGAGUAUUGCCAUUUAGUGCAUAUUUAUGCAAAUAUUUUAGUUUUUUCCAAAUAAAAAUCUAAAUGCAAA